UUCACGUUGUCAUUGAGUGGGGUUCCAUUCACAGUCACACGACCAGUGACGCGUCGAUUCCUUCCGGCCAGACAGUCAAGGAGCGACGUCUUACCCGCCCCGGAAGGCCCCAUCAACACCACCAGCUCUCCAGAGCGAGCUGCCCCACUCACAUCAGCCAGAAUCGUCUUCUCC